AUACAGGGAAGAAAGUGUCUACUCAUUGCACACAAAAUAAUUGGUCCAAUGGCCACUCUCUAUUUCGUUUCUCCACUCUCCUUUAGGCUUAGCUUUCCUCUGUUUCUUGCUUUAUGCCUCUUCUUCUCAUUCACCACCAGCUACGCCUUGUUCCAAGGAAGGAAACUUGCGGACCAUUCUCAUACUCUUCAACUCAGCUCUCUGCUCCCAUCUGAUUCUUGCAAACCUUAUGCUAUUAAAGCAGUGGAGAACAAGGUAUCAUUGAAAGUAGUCCACAGGCAUGGUCCAUGCUCGCAACUAAAUCAAGGGAAAGCUGGAAAAGCACCAUCUCACACGAAGAUCCUCUUGCAAGAUGAAUCCCGAGUCAAAUCUAUUCACUCAAAGUUGUCUGGCACCAACGAUGUAAAGCUCACAGAUGCAGCUACCCUUCCAGCCCAUGACGGCAGCAGCAUUGGCUCAGGCAAUUAUAUCGUCACCGUGGGACUUGGGACCCCUAAAAAGGACCUUUCCCUCAUUUUUGAUACUGGAAGCGACCUCACUUGGACGCAAUGUCAGCCAUGUGCCAGGUCUUGCUAUAAGCAAAAAGACCCAAUUUUUGAUCCCUCUCAAUCAACAUCAUACACCAAUAUUUCAUGCGGCUCCUCGCUCUGCGAUUCACUUGCUUCUGCCACAGGCAACACUCUUAACUGUGCUUCCUCAACAUGUGUGUAUGGCAUCCAAUAUGGAGACUCUUCGUUUUCUGUUGGGUUUUUUGGGAAAGAGAGGCUCACUUUAACCCCAACUGAUGUUUUUGAGAACUUCUAUUUCGGCUGUGGCCAAAAUAACCAAGGUCUCUUUGGAGGCUCUGCCGGCCUACUUGGUUUAGGCCGUGACCCCUUGUCAUUGGUCUCGCAAACCUCCCAAAAAUAUAACAAACUCUUUUCUUAUUGUCUUCCAUCCUCCUCUAGCUCAACUGGUUUCCUGACUUUCGGUGGAUAUUCCUCUAAAUCUGUUAAAUUCACACCGUUAUCCACAAUAUCAGCCGGACCCUCCUUUUACGGUCUUGACUUUACCGGAAUCAGCGUCGGAGGCAGCAAAUUGUCUAUUUCGCAAUCAGUAUUUUCAACUGCAGGCGCAAUCAUCGAUUCAGGAACUGUUAUCACUAGGUUGCCACCUGCAGCAUACUCUGCUUUGAGAUCAGCUUUUAGACAAUUGAUGACCAAGUAUCCAACAGCUCCUGCAUUAUCAAUACUUGAUACUUGCUAUGAUUUUACCAACUAUAAAACAGUCACCAUACCAAAGAUUGGCUUGUUCUUUAAUGGUGGUAUUGAGGUGGAUAUUGAUGCAACUGGAAUUCUAUAUGUGAAUAAGAUAUCACAGGUGUGCUUGGCCUUCGCCGGAAAUAGUGAUGCAUCGGAUGUGGCCAUUUUAGGUAAUGUGCAGCAAAGGUCUCUAGAGGUUGUCUAUGAUGGUGCUGCUGGGAAAGUUGGAUUUGCUGCAGGAGGUUGCAGUUGAUUAAUCUAGAAUUACAUUUAAACUAGAUGGUCGAACUUAAAUACUCUCAUGCCUUUUUUUUUUAAAAAAAAAAAGUAAAAUAAGGAAAAUUCUUAUUUAAAUUCCAUCUUUUAUAUACUCAAGAUACAAUAAAAUUUGUAUUUUUAAAUGAUAAAUUUAUCUUUUUUUUAAUAAAAAAAAAAACAUUAGGGAGGCAUGGGAGAUGGGGUGCAUUUGAAAUAUUAUUGAUUAAUGAAUAAAGAAAGAAUGAUUUGUAAACCUAAAAGUUAGGGAUCAAGUCAUGCAUAUAAUGCUCUGUAUUAGGAGAAAGGGAAGUUUGCAAUUUGUGAAUAAUAGCUUGUGUCUACCGAUUUUUAACAGUGUUCUCUAUUUUAUUUUAGUAGAAUUGUAAAUUUAAUUAUUUGAAUGUUUUCCUCUUUAAUAACACACUCUGUCUUUUUCUUC